CUUGUCCUGCAGCAGCACUACAACCAGCCUGGGUCUCACUGCUUUCAUGCUACAGCAAGACCAUGUUGAGCUAGUGUAGGCACAAUAGCGUCUGUUAUCAGGGACUAAAGGACACCGUAGCACCGUUCCGAGCUAAAAACUACAUCUUCUUUUGGGCUGUACACCGUCAACCUAGAACUAGUUAGCCAUUUUGCUCAGCAGCUAAACCACCGCCGUAUUGAGGUUUCUUUACAGACACACAGCAGGCUCGCCGCAGACACCAGCGCAGAGGAAAUGAAGGACAAACAAAAGAGAAAGAAGGAGCGGACCUGGGCUGAGGCGGCUCGCAUGGUUUUGGAGAACUUCUCUGAUGCUCCUAUGACUCCCAAACAAAUCCUCCAUGUCAUCCAGACCAAGGGGCUGAAGGAAAUGCGGAGUGGCACAGCUCCUUUGGCCUGCCUGGUCACCAUGCUGCACUCUCAGGUGAGGGGAGACAGAGUCAAGAAUAGCAUCUUCUUUAAGCUGCCUGGACGGAUGAGCUUAUUCACUCUCAAGAAAAAUGCCCUGCAGUGGACUAAGACAACAUCAGGAUCAGAAACACCUACAGAGCCGGCCAGCAGCACUGCCCUCCCAGGUUCUAGCAGCAACACCCCUGCAGCAGGCUCAGCCAUGUCUUCAGUUGGUGCUACUGAAGCCACUGAGCAAGAGAGCUGCGACUCCACUGAGACCACUGCUGCUGCCAGUGGAGACAAUGAUGCCUCAGUGGAUGAGAGCUCCUCCAGUGCAUCCUGCUCCACAGAGCCGCAGGCUCCCAGCAGCCAGCCCCAGACCCGCCUCAGCCGAGCAGCAGGACAGCAGGGGCGCACUGAUAACCAGCAGACCCAGCAUGCUCAGCACACCCAGACCAGACUGAGCCGCUCCAGACAGUCAGGGAGGCAAAGGAAGAAAGCAGUCAUGAUGCCUCGUGUUGUCCUCACCCCUCUUAAAGUGAAUGGAGAGCAUGUGCCCUCAGGACCCAUGAAGAGAAGUCGAGGAGGGGUAGAUGUGGAUUUUGAAACACCAGGCUCCAUCCUGGUCAACACCAACAUCAGAGCUCUCAUUAAUGUGAGGACCUUCUCAGCCUUCCCUGCACACUCCCAGCAACAGUUGCUGCAGCUGCUGCCAGAAGUGGACCGCCAGAUUGGACCUGAUGGUAUGGCCAGACUGAGUAGUUCUGCCCUCAACAAUGAGUUCUUCACCCAUGCCUCCCAGAGCUGGAAAGAAAGGCUGGCUGAAGGUGAGUUCACCCAUGAGAUGCAGGUGCGUUUCCGGCAGGAAAUGGAGAAAGAGAAGAAGGUAGAGGCAUGGAAGGAAAAGUUUUUUGAAGAGUACCAUGGGCAAAAGUCUGGCUUAACACGAGAGGAGUCCCUGAAGCUCACCAUGAGUGAAGCCAGCGAUGUUGCAGCAAGUGUGCUGGACAGUGAUGUGGCUGUGGUGGCAACUGGUGCCCCCAAGAGACGGAGUGUGGGUCGGCGGAGGAGAGAUGGCCGGAUGAGGAGACGCACCCGGGCUGACUUGCGUCGUAGGGCCCGUCGGAACCUUUGUAAGGCCACUCCCCCAGCCCUGCAGUCUUCAGAAGCAGCCGAGGCAAGUGCUUCUCUGAACACCUCAGCAGUUUCUGUUGGCUCUCCCAUUGCUGACAACACAGUGAUACAAGGUGAGGUGGUUCUGCAGGCAGAGUGUGGCAUGGAAUUACCAGCAGAGAGUGCCUCCAUUGAGCCAAAGUCCUCGCCUAUUCCGGAACCAGUCACAUUGCCAGACCCCACACCUACACCCACUCCCAGCCCUAGCCCCAGCCCAACCUCCACUAGCGCCAACGAAGAGCCUGAAGUUACGACCCGCCUUCUCCCUGAAGAGGCUACACCAGUGUUGGUCUCCACCUCAUCCCCUUCAUCCUCCUCUUCUUCUUCUUCUUCUGCCUCCUCACCUGCCUCCUCACCUUCUGAAGGACAGGGAACUUUUGCCGCAGUCCUGGAUUCGUCUUCAUCCUCCUCAGCGUCCUCCAGUGCUGCAGUAGCCGUUGAUCCCCUGGAUGACACUGCCUCUGUGGUCACUUCCAUCACAGGGGGUACUGCCACAAGCAGCCGUGAGAGCAGCCCCUCGGCCAGCCCAGCCACUACUCCUGUUCCUAGCACCCAGCUCAAGGAGCAGAAGAGAAGGCCAGAUGAGGCUCAGGCCUUCUCCAGCUUCCCCGAAAAGAGGCCACGGCUUGAGAACCGUCAGUCCUUUCGUACCACAAUUGACAGUGUCCGUUCAGAGAAGCCGCAGCCGACAACAGAAGAGCCCAAGGUGCCGCCAAUCCGGAUUCAACUGUCCAGAAUCAAACCACCCUGGGUCAAAGGGCACCCUACCUACCAGAUCUGUCCCCGGAUCGUGCCCCCCGGAGAGGGCUCACGGCGGUCAGGGACGGGGGGCGCGCGUACCCUGGCGGACAUCAAAGCCCGCGCCCAACAAGCCAGGGCCCAGCGCGAGGCCGCUGCUGCUGUUGCAGCCUCUGGCGACGGGGCAGGGACGACAGGGGUCGGGUUGCGGCCUGCUGCUGGGAUAUCGGAUAGCAGCAAUGGACGACGAGCGCGAGAGCAUCCAGGACCUAUCGAGCCCGGAGGAGGAGGAGGAAGAAGGGGGGGAGGUGGGAUGGCAGAGCAGGGAUCGUCUUCAGGCACUAAUUCGUCUGGAACACAAUUACAGCUUCUCAAUGUAGAGGCUACACCCCAGCCAUCACCUUCCCUGUCCACUACCUCAACCUCCAUGUCCUUGGAGCCCUCACAGACCCCAAGCCCUUCUCGAAAUGAGGCAGGUAGGGGGGGAAAGGCUAAAGAGGAAAUAGAAGCAACCUCAGCCAGUGCCCAGAACUCCUGUAAUGGGCUUACAGACAAGGACGCCAACUUAUCCUCUCCACAGCCUGACAUUGUAUCAGAGUCCAUACUCACCCAGCCAGCUAGGCGAAGCCAGGUGCCUAAGUCUGCUGAGAGGGCAGAACAGGGAUGUGAAAAACCAUCACUGGCCUUAACCUCCAUCCCAGAUUCCCUUCCCAGGUUUGGGGCUCAGGGUGUGGAUGUUAUUCAGACACUGGUCAGCUCCUGUCAGCCCACAGAGAAGGAACAAGGGAAAGAGGCUGGACUGGGUGGUGUUAUCCAGCAUGGGUCCCACCAUGUAGACCUGCAAGAGGUACUCUCUCACUCAGCUACAGCAAGACAGCAAACAGAUGCUUCCUCACCUCAACAUGUGGAAUCCUGGAGUCAAAAGAAAGAUGAUGAGGCUGGGACACAUAGUGACUCCACAGAAACAGCUUCAGACUGUGAAAAUGAAAGCCAGGAGGAUCAGCAGCAGCAGUCUGAUCAGGACUGGUGCUCCCAACUGAGCACCCAGAGAAACGGCCAGCUGGUCAUCUGCAGUCCUCCACCUCAAAACCAGCAGCCAGUCAUCCAGGCCCACGUGUCUAGUCGCCACGGUCAAACUGUCAUUCAGCCUUGCUUCCCCAACAGCAUGCCUCAACCUCAGCAUUCCCAGGACCACCAGUCUCUCUCCGCAGCCCAUGUACAGGCACUCAGGGACACCAAUGUUGUGGUCAAACUGGAACCUGGAGAUGAUUGCAGAGCUUCCAGACAGAGCUCUGCUGAAGAGGAUUGUCGUGGAGGUUUGAAGCCUUCUGUGACCUCCCCAACAGCUUCCUCCAAGAGACUGCCCAUCUCAGCCAGACCAGUGUCCAGUGUGGAGGCCAAUAACCCUUUGGUCACCCAGCUACUACAGGGCAGCCUGCCCCUGGAGAAAGUUCUACCUUCACACUCUGCAAACAGGCUGGAAAUCAGCCGAUUGCCAGGACCCCAAAUCAGACCAGCAGUGGCAAGGACCCCAGGGCCUCGCAACAGGCCUGAGGUUUUGGCCCAAUCUCGAAGCCCAGAAAUAACUGCAAUGUCUCAGAGCCACAGCAAGUCUCCGACAAGUUGCCCAGUUUCCUGUUUGAUGGAGGCCCCAGACACAGCACAGUACCAGUCUCAGCAGCCUCCUGGGGCUGUCCCAGUCAUCACCUCUCUGCCGCCGUCCUCAUCCUCCUCUAGUUCUUCAUCCUCCAGAAGUAAAUCAGACCAUAACUCUCAGACCGCUGUGGAGUCAGCAGUUAUCAAAGAGUCUCCUGGUCCUCAGCCCUCACAAGGGGCCACACCAGACAGGCCCCAGCCAACCCACAGGAGCAUACCUAAUGGCCCCACUCCUUCCCAUACAGACCCCUGUGCCACAGAAGUGAUGCCUACGAUUAAGAUCAACUGGCGGGCACCAAAGUCUCAGCUUCCCAACUGUCACCAACAGCAACCAUCUCCUGCUUCCAGUGUAAAGAAUGAAGUCAGUGCGAGGCCCUCUUGCCAAUCUCUUUCCAAAUUGUCCCCAACUGUACCCAUGAGUGUUACUAAACGGGAGCCUGGGAGCUCUGUUGACAGCUACCUUAGUGGAGGAGCAAUGGAAGGACUCCUCAACAUGGAUAUGAGUUUUGCCAGGAUGGCAAAGAAGGAGCAUGGCAAAGCUCCAUACUCAUCUGGCUCCCCUUCCUCUGCCUCCUCCCUUCCCUUCCAACUGUAUGGAAAGCUCCCCAAGCAGGGUGUGGGAGGAUUAAGCUACACAGCUAAUGUAUCAGUGAUGGACAACAGCGGUUUCUCCCGGAGCAUGGCAGACAGCAUGCUCCAGCUACGCCCCCGCUUGGCCUCUGGUCAGACCACCCUCAGCAUCCAGGCAUUUACUGACAGUACAGCUGAGGAGGUGGCGCUCAAGUGCUCAUGCCGUCUCAAAGCCAUGAUCAUGUGCCAAGGCUGUGGUGCAUUCUGCCACGAUGAUUGCAUUGGGCCCUCCAAACUCUGUGUGUCAUGUUUGGUGGUCAGAUAGUAUGUGGAAGUCCCUGUAAACUGCAGAACUACUAUCUGUACAGUAUCAACAGUAGGACUGACAGGUCCUGUACACAGCGUGAUUAG